AUGACAUACCUCGGAACUUCAGACGGCGGACACGGCAACAUUUUCAUGUGGGAAAACAAUUCAAUGUUUACCGCAGCACAUGCGCUGUUCGAUGAGAACCUCUUUCCUCGGUGCUCUGAGUCAAACAGACACAAGUCUAACCGACUUCCUCGUCGGAAAGAUCCACAACCCACCAUCCCACCCGAUGAUGACGGCGAUGUUCCGCCUCAUCAACACUAUCCUCCUGAAAGGAGACCGGAUCCGGAGCAAGACGUUGCACCGCCCGCUGUACCACAGCGUGAUCCGAGUCCGCCGCCACAACCCCGGAAUGAACCGCCUGCUCCUUUACCAGAGCCUAGGCAUUCAGGUCGUGAGCGG